CUGAGAGAGAGUAUGCGGAGAAUUUGCCCACAUGGAGUUUUGAUAUGCUUCUUGUCUUGUUUUGUGUUAGAACGGCGCAGCAAUGGGGCUUCGCACUUGUUGUCAUGCAUACUGGCUGCGCCACAAAUACACCAAACCUCCUCCUAAUGUUGAGAGAGAUGUGUGAGAAAUGGGGGGCUUUUCUUUAAUAAUGAUUUUAUUCAUAAUUUUUUUUUUAUAUACAUAGAGCAUCUUAGGAAUGAGUGGUGGAAGAAAAAGAUUUUCUUUAAAAAACAUACUUUUUAUUGCAAAUAUUGGGGAGCAUUGAACGACUAAUAAGUUGUGUAUAGCAAGCAAAGAGGGGCAACAUCCAGUUGUUUCAGUUGCAUCGGUUGCAACGGUUGCAAGUGGUUGCGGAGGGAAAUGCCUCUCAUUUGGGGAGUCAUGAUACAGCUUCUGUGUGCGAAUGUGUUUUUUUGGGAGGCUCACAGGGGCGUUCGAGCAAGAGCUAAAAAGCAUGAAGUAGUGUGCGGAAGCUCCAACAAAAUAUGAAGCCUGUGUGUUGGUUUGCUACUACCACAUCGGCAACCACGGAGCGGCUUUGCGCUCUUGCAGCCGCAACUCGGCAGAGAGAACCAUGGAUAUUUGCAUCAUUCUUGUUCCACGGAGCGAUGUAGUUGUCGUAUCGUGUGAUCACACGAGCUCUCGAAAAUGUGUAGCCUCUGUGCUCAUGUGGAAAGCUUCUCCCAGCCGUGGUUAGUCAGUCAGCGAUUUUGAAACUUAUUGGACACAUGCAAAGUGUCGCGCGCAUUUUCGAUUCGUUUUUUGUUGUAUACCUCUCUCCCCAAGACAGUAUUGAAGGAAAAAAAAGAAGAAGAAGCGAAUAGGAGCCAAAACAUCCGAAAUAGCAUUACUCGCACUUUGCACCAUCAAUCGGUUACUUUGUUGCACAAAGUUUCGUCGUUUGGCCAACGACUUGUCCGGAGGCAGGCUCAGUGGUGCAUGAAGGUUCUGAAAGCAAAGUGAUAUGAGGCGCUUCUGUAGACCCGAAAGAUCCGUCUUUUGCAACAUAACUUCGCAUAAUAAGUGAUUAUGAUAAAUUGAUUUGAAAAUCCAACACAACACCUCGCUUUGCGUCAAAAAGUGCGUGUACUGUGACUACAUCAUUCAAUCAUCUCAGAUGAAUAUACUUUGUGACAUACAGUGACCCCAUAUAUUACUGCAAAUUAUAUAUUCUGUACUACCUAUAAUAAUACAUAUAGUUAGUUAUGCUAUUUCUCAGCACGUUGUACUGUUUCAUACGGAAAUAAAUUGUGUUAAAUAUAACAAAUUUUUGUAAGAAAAAAAGUGAUUUUUCUGUGGAAAAAAAUAAACAAUCCUUAAACUGAACUCGUAGUUGUUUUUUAACCACUUUUAGUUAGGCACUUCCGCAUUAAAAAGCCAUUAACUUUUUGCAACAACAAAUAGUUGAAACAAUAAAACCCUAGAAAAAAAUCCUCCAAAUCUGUGCAACAUCAAUUAAAAGAUUUUAUGUUUUGUGAGAAAAAAAAUAUGCAACUGAUAUGUGAUAAUGCUAAAAGCUUCUGUGUCCAAAUGCUCUGCAAAAUUCCGUAUACGUUUGUGAAAGUGUGCAGUUGGUGUCUUUAAAAAAUAUAUACUUACAUACAUAAUUUAGGUACUAAUAAAAUACAUUUUACUGUGAAACCUUUAAAAGAAAAAAAACCCUUAAAGACAUUAAAUAAGAAGCAAAAUCUUAGUGGUUGCAGUUGUGGAAAAUCAAGACACAGCAUCAGAUCACCAAAUAUGGUUGAUUUUUGAGUUAAAUUCACAUGGAAACAGUUGCACUGAUUAAUCACGGCUCAAAAUUCGAAGCACCAAAACGGAGCGAGACAAAGAUGAAGAAUCAAUUGAUUUGGUGGAGAAUGUAUUUGAACUAAUUUUAAUCAGAAGCAACCAACUGCUGAACUAAUGCUGUUUGGGUAACUCAUCAGGAGGCACAAUUUGAGGUUUUCUAGUGUGUCGUGGUACAAAGAUGCGUUCAAAGCAGCAGCCUCGACCUUCAUAUCAUCGAUGGCUGAAACCUGAAGAAAAUGAAGAAGGAGAUGAUGCUCUCGAAAGUCCCGAACAGAAAGAUGUAUUAACGUCUGGGUCAGCUAGUCCAUCAUCAACACAAUCUCUCGAGGGUGCUCCAGCAACAACAUCAUCAACAAUGCUCCGAGAUCCGGAAUCGCAUCAUUCCACCCCCACAAGUCCACAGCCGCCGCCGCACUUGAUUGAUUCACACGAUGACGUCGAGCACAACAUACCUGCUACCCUCAUACAAGACCCGAGUGUCGAGCGUGAGCUGUCGAGUCCGCGAUGCCUGUCGAGAGAUUCAUCAGCGGGUGGUCGAUGUCCUUCGGACGACUCUAUGUACUCAGGUCGUGGAUUAACAGGUAGCAAUGCUACAAGCCCAGUUGCCAUCACCCUACCCGCCACACUUCCUCCCGCGGCUGCGGCUGCCCUUUUACCACCCCAAUCAGCAGCUAUGGCUGCAUACCUCGGUGUAGCAGCUGCUGCCGCGCAGCAAAAUCGCUUACUCUUCAAUUCCUCCCUAACGGCGGGAUUAACGCGUGCAGGAUCUCCACCAUUGCUAUCGCUAGGAUCAACCCUCGAUCACGAUACCCCAGUGCUAGAUUUCAGCACAAAACGUAGUGCAACGAAGGGUAGCACUGAUUCUCGCGAGAGUGAUAGCGAUGCUGUGAAUUUGAGCAACAAGGCUGACAAUGGACCCCUAGAUCUUUCAGUUAAUCGAAAACGCAAUGCAGAAGGGCAUUCCCCACAGAUGCCAAGUCGAAAGCAAGCUAGGGCAAUUGACUACAAACCCGUGGUUUCACCGUGGACAUCACCUGUUACCCCGUAUUUUGCUGCAGCCGUUGCUGCUGCUAGUAUUUCACCGAAGAAUCACAAUGCUGCUGCUGAAUGGGCUAGUGCAAAAGGAAAAAUGGGAUCAGCACCCAAUGAUGCUACAAAAGCCCUAGAAAAGAUGUCAGAACUGAGCAGACUUGGAGGUGAGGACAUCUACAAGCAACACGGUGGAUCACUUGGUAGGGAAUCUAACGCAGUGAGUAGUGGGAGUUCAAGUGGUGGAAGACAUAGUGCUUGGCAGUCGCACUGGCUGAAUAAGGGAGCUGAUUCCGCGAAAGAUGUUCUUAAGUGUGUAUGGUGCAAGCAAAGCUUCCCUUCUCUAGCCGCAAUGACUACUCAUAUGAAGGAAACCAAACAUUGCGGCGUUAAUGUUCCCCCUGCUGGUGGUAUGUCCCAACCCCCACCUCAUCCUCCAAUCCCAACAUCAUCAUCUUCUUCAGGAUCUAGCACAUCAACAAGCAAACCAUCAUCAUCAGAUCUCAAUCUCCUAAUAAAAGAAACCAUGCCUCUACCACGAAAACUUGUACGUGGACAAGAUGUAUGGCUGGGUAAAGGAGCUGAGCAAACUCGCCAAAUUCUAAAAUGUAUGUGGUGUGGUCAAAGCUUCCGAUCUCUUGCCGAAAUGACUAGUCACAUGCAACAAACGCAGCACUAUACGAACAUCAUCUCUCAGGAGCAAAUUAUUUCCUGGAAAUCUUCUGAAGAUGGUAAAGGCCCAUCGGGCCCGGGGAACCCCAAUAGCUCAAGUGCCAACCAAAAUACCGGACCCAAUAGCACUGUAAGUGCUGUCCUGACGUGUAAAGUGUGCGAUCAAGCGUUCUCCUCUCUUAAAGACCUCAGCAAUCACAUGGUUAAGAAUGCUCACUACAAAGAACACAUCAUGCGAUCAAUUACCGAGAGUGGUGGACGAAGAAGGCAAACACGGGAGAAACGGAAAAAAUCUCUACCUGUAAGGAAGUUACUUGAACUAGAGCGGGCUCAGCAUGAUUUCAAAAAUGGUGAAUCAAAUAUUAUGUCAAAGACAAUGCGCGAGGCGGCUUCUGGUAGGAUCACAUGUGAAAAGUGCGGCGAUAAGAUAGAUACAGUGCUGUUUGUUGAGCACAUCAGACAAUGCGUUGGUGGUGCAAGCAUUAAUUCCCAUCGUGUCAAACCACCAUCUCUUUCGGGUGCCAACAGUAUUCUUCCACCAUCAGAGAGUGUUAGCCCACUUACACCUGGAAGUCGAGAUGGUAGGAAAAGCAUAGGAGAUGAGAUUCCAUCACCUGCUUCUAGGCACAUUUCUCCAAAUGCUGCUGAUCUAUCUUCACCUAAGGAAGGAUCACAUGAAAAGACAUCUUCUUCACCAUCUGUCCUCAACGCUAUUGAGCAGCUGAUUGAGAAGAGCUUUGAUACACGAUCACGGCACAGUAGUAGUGGCAUUCAAGGCCCAAAUCAAAAUUCUGCUCCAUUGGGAUCGAGCAUUCUCAAACGCUUGGGUAUUGACGAGAGUGUUGACUACACAAAACCCCUAAUUGAUCACCAAACAAUGAACUUGCUAAGGAGUUACCAGCAACAGCAAGUCUAUGGGCGACGUGAAAGAAGUGGCAGUGAGUCAAGCUCAUUCUCAGAUCGUGGUAGUAGUCGUGUAGACUCCCUAACGCCUGAACGAAAAGUAGAUCCACCACUUCAAUCUUCAACACCACGGCAUACUCCGGAGAAGCAGGAAGCCGAAGAUCUCAGUGAGAGUUCAAUGAAGAUCAAACGUGAACCAGAAGAGGAAGAAAAGCGCGAUCGUCAGACACCAACUGCAGCAGUUGUGAUCAAGAAGGAAGCUGAAGAGGAAGAUGGGCGUCCGAAGAGUCGCACUGGGGAAUCAGAAGCCGAUGCUGAAGGAAUUAAAUUGCGAUCAAGUUCUAUUUCUAGUCCUGCACCAAGCCCACGGCAUACUCCUGUAACCCCAGCUGCAAGUCCUGGGAGUGAUCGAUCAACACCACGAUCACAGGUUAAUGCGAGUGAUGCAAAAAAGAGUAGUGCUGGUGGGAGUUUAGGUGCAUUGUCGUCGAUGUUUGAUAAUCUUACGGGUGGUGGUAGUGGAAAUCCACCAACCAGUGAGGGUGGCCCUAGUUCAGGGAAAAAGGGUAGUUCCCACCCUUUGGCAGCACUCCAGAAGCUUUGUGAUAAAACUGAGACGAAUCAAAAUUCCCGCACUAAUUCAGCAUCCAGCAAUUCAUCGUUGGCUUCAAAUAAUCCCAGUGUGUCGACAAGCUCUACAGCUCCGGGGGCUAUUUUGGCAUUCAGCUGGGCCUGCAAUGAUGCUGUAAUGACGUCUGAUUCCAUCAUGAAGUGCGCCUUUUGUGAUACACCCUUCAUCUCCAAGGGAGCAUAUCGUCAUCAUUUGUCCAAGAUGCAUUUCGUCAAGGACGACGUAAUCCCCGAUCCCAUUGCAGUGAAGAGUCAGAAACAGAUUCCCCCACCGCCAUCAUCACCAAAAAGCUCACCUUCAGUCAACAGUGGCAAUGGGGUAGCACCUAGUGGUUCGCGCGAGGGUACAUCCGCUAGUACGUCGGCAUCUGCUUCCAAUUCUGCCUCAGUUCCCACGAAGAGCCCCUCACCAGGAAGCGGCGUUACCUUUGAGGAGAGUCCACAUUCCAAAUUUCUCAAGUACACUGAAUUGGCCAAGCAACUGUCGUCAAAGUAUGUAUGACAUUCCUAAAAACAUUUUAAGCAGCCACAUUGCUCAUAACGACCGUUAAUUGGUCGUGCAUAAAGUGCGGUAAAACCCUCUUUAGGUUUAACGCUAAACCCGCAACGGCAUCAAAGUGAAUCUUGUGUAUAGAAUCUUGUGUAAAGUGAAACUCUUUGAUAUUUGUAACAAAUAUCAUGUGAUGCAACAUAUCUCCGCGCAACUGUCGUUAGCCAAGCAAAGAUGAUCAAGGUGUUGAGUUAAUGGCGCACCGCAAAUUAAAGAAAACACCGUCAUGGUACGUUGAAGAAAAAAGGCAAACCCUUUAUGUAAAUUAUUUAGCACAUAGAAAGAAGAAACCUCAUUACUUUUUUUCACUAAUAAAACGUAGGUAAAGAAAAAACCACUAAGAAUUGAGCCGUAGGUGAAGAAAAGAAAAACAUUGAACCUAAUGAUUAGACAUAAACUACAUAAUUUCGAAUGAAAUGCAAGUCUAUACAUCUUCAAAAGAAAAAAAACUGACGCUAUACGAAUUGAUAGUGAAAUUUAUUAAAGAAAAAAAUUCAUCACAAUUUCUAGGAAUAUUUUAAUACAUUUUGCCAAAAUUUAUGACAAGAUAGUAAUGAAAAAAAAAAGUUUACGAAAUAAUUGUAACACUGUAUACGUAAUUUUUGAGAAAAAAAAGAAGAACCUUAAAUGAAACUUGGACAAAACCUCUUGGAAAAAAAAGGAGCGAGCCAAUAAAAUUCUUCAAAAAUUUCUUUCACGCCCAAUAUUUUUUGUGAUUUUAUGUAUAGUGAAAAAAUAACAGAAUUUGUAUACCGAAAGUUUCAAUCAAUUAAAAAAGGAAUAAAUAGCAUUAACUAAAUGAAAAAAAAAAUAGCUGAUACAGAACAACAUGUUCUGUGAGAUAUACGAUCUAUGAUACUUAUUGAAGAAUUGAAAAAAAAAGUCUAUAUAUUUACGAAGAAAAAAAAUCUUGGAGAUGUAAGUGAAGUGAGAAGACCUUCCUAAGGUUAUUUAAAAUUGUAACUAAAUAUUAAAUUUUUGACUAGAAUAGAAAAUUUAAAGAGAAUAAAUUUCAGAAAAAAACCCGAAGAUAAAAUUUUAUUCAAAAUGAAAAAUCCCACAGCAUUUAAAUAAAGAAAAUUUAGUGAAAUAGAAAACACAAAAAAAAAACUUUCCGUGAAAAUAGAUCUUGCGAAACAUUUGAAGAGAAAAACAUAAAAUUUAAAAAAAAAUGAAAGUAGAAAAAAAUCUUAAUUAUUCUAUAUAAAAUAAAAAGGGCCGUGCAUUUUAAUAAAAUUACUACCUAUGUAAAUAUUUUUUUGAAGUAAUUACAUUUAAACUGAUGCAGCAUUGGAAAAAACAACAAAUUACUUUUGCUAAUUUCUGAAAGAAAAAAAAAGAGAAAAAUUGAAGAAAAAAUCCAGAAGUUAUAUCAAAAGUAAUUUAGAAGAUUAAAAGAAAAAGAUAGAGAUUAAAUAAAUAAUAUUUAUUACAUAAAAUUAUAUAUAUUAUUAUAUUGAGACUUAAUAAUAUUAAGUAAAAAUAUUGACAAAAAUUCGUAUACGUAUUUCUUGUAAUCCAAUUAUUAAAAUAAAAAAAAGUGAAAAAAGCAAAUCAGAGAGAUUAGUGCGAGAAAAUCUUUGAAGAAAAAAAACUUUAGAGAGCAGAAAAAAUCACACAAAAUUUUCAAAAAUUUUUGUUUUCUGUUUUUUACAUCGUUUCUUAUUUAAUCAUCCACAGAAAAAGCAACUCUACUUCUUUAUAAUUCUUUCUAUUUAAUUGCAUGAAAGAGUCACUUCUUUAGUCAAGCAGAAAUUAAAUUUCUUUAUGCAGAAACACCAUUCACGUGCGAAUUGUAGUGGGGUGGGGAGGAAAAAUAAAACUUGUAAUAAAUUACCUUGUAUUUAUCAUGAAGAACAAUUAAAGAAAAAAAAAUAUUACAUUAAAAAAUCUAUAAAAGAAGUAAUUAUAAUUCAAAAAAAUGGACAUAAAAAAUAACGCUGUAAUACUAAAAAAAAAAUGGGAGACAUUGGAGGCGAAGAAUGUAAAAGAAAAUUAAGUUGGAGGAAAAAAAAAGUGAAAAGCUAAUCAAGUCUUAAAAAAAGAAAAAAAAAAUACGAACAUUAUGUAUACGCCAAGCUGUCAAGAAAAAUUAAGUGAAAAAUAAAAGAAAAGUUGAAAAAUUUA